AUAAUUAAGUUGAUGAUGAAGCUGCCAUUGUUGUUGUUUCUGUGCCUUAUUCUUCUUCCCCUUUCGGUGACGGCCCAGCUUCGAGUUGGAUUCUACAAGUCCACCUGCCCGAGGGCGGAGCUCAUCGUCCGGCAGGCCAUCCACAACAGAUUCAAGAUCGAUCCCUCCAUAGCCGCCGCCUUGCUUCGCAUGCACUUCCAUGAUUGCUUCGUUACGGGUUGCGAUGCAUCCAUACUCAUAGACUCAACUCCAAGGAAGCCGUCGGAGAAAGACGCUGGACCAAGCCUAGGCGUGCGAGGAUACGACAUCAUCGACGAGGCUAAGAGAACCCUAGAAGCUACCUGUCCGGGAACCGUUUCCUGUGCUGACAUCAUAACUCUGGCCACUAGAGAGGCCGUCGUUCUUGCCGGCGGACCCAGCUACAGCGUUCCCACAGGGCGGCGUGACGGCCGGAUUUCAGACCCCAGCCUUGUGGAUUUGCCAGAUCCAUCACUUUCUGUGCCGGAGACAUUAACAUUCUUCGCCUCAAAAGGGUUUACUCUAAAGGAAAUGGUGACACUUCUUGGUGCACACACAGUCGGAGUUGCACACUGCGGCUUCUUCCAGGACCGGCUAACGAACUUUCAGGGCACCGGAAGACCCGAUCCGACCAUGGACCGAGCUUUGGUUUCCAAGCUUCUAAGGAUUUGUGGAACUCAACCGAGGAGUUUUGACAAGGACCCAACCAUGUUUUUGGACCAAAACACGUCUUUCGUUGUUGAUAACCAGAUCUAUAAGCAGGUGAUUUUGCGGAAAGGCGUGCUGCAGAUUGAUCAGGAGCUUGCCUUGGAUAGAUCUAGUGCUCCGAUUGUGUCGAUGUUUGCGUCGAACGGGCGUGCAUUCGAGCAAAGCUUUGCCAAGGCCGUGGUGAAGAUGGGCGGCGUUGAAGUUCUGGUUGGAAAGGCCGGCGAGAUUAGGACGAAUUGCAGGGUUUUCAACAAGAAGAAACAUAUAUAGGCUUUUAUGAGAAUUUGUCUACUUAAUGAUGCAUGCAUGCAUGCUCUUGAACCUUUAAUUUCAAUGGCUGGCUCUUCACUCACCAGCUAGCAUUUUGGAAAGAUUAAUUCUUUGUCCUGCAGGAAUUAUAUGUGCUUGUGUACUGUAUUCAAGUUGAAUUUGUGUAACCUUUGAUAAAAAGGACAAGUGAAAUAAAAGAAAGCAACUGUAAUGUUGUGUUGUGUUGU